AUGUAUUUAAGUCUAACGACGAGGUAUAUAUAUGAUUACCAGAACUUUAUUUUGUAUGCCAAGAAUCCAAUGCAUUCCAAGUCUCUGUCAGAGACACACAAGGGCGAGACGGUGCUGGCGGCGUUGACCAGACUGGACCAGGAGAUCACCAGUAGUGAAAGGACUCACCCAGUGGCUAGACUGGCAGUUGUUACAGCUGAAAUGGAUAGUAUACAACAGUUAUUCAUAAGUUUAGACUUAUACAAGCGGCCAAUGUUAGCGUCCGAAAAUGAAGAUUUUGUCGCUAAUGUGAACAGAAAGGAGAUGCGUCGCUUAGAGCUGAGUUGGUUACGCAAUCGUUACGGAGAGCUGGCACGAGAGCGGAGAGUUUUACACGCGCAAAUAUUGCGCAUACGCUCUUUGUACACACAGUUGCAAAAAUUGCUAGAAAGUCUGUGGGGUGCUGAGACCCGACCCGGCACGCCAUUGGAGAGUGUUUUGACUAAAGCGUGCGCAUUACGCGAUGCGCUCGCGCAAGUGAGUGCUCGUUUGCGAGCUGCGGCUGAAUAUGCGCAUGCGGCGGUGAGGCUCAUGGAUGAUGCUUUGCCUGCAUGGAAGCUCACUACUGUUGGCAAAAGUGGUUGGGAGCGUAGCACGUCAUGUGCAGACGCAUGUCGCUUGUUGGUCCAAGCGCGCUGCGCUGAGAGAGGCGCGCGGCGGGUGCUGGCUGCUCCCGCUGCUCCCAGGGCCGCCAGGGCGUUACGGCUAGCGUUAGACUACGCUUUUACGGACGCUAUACAUGACCACAAGUAA